AUGAAAUCCUUCCUCUUCCUCUCCCCCAGCCUUUCAAGUAUCCCUUGUCAUCUCACUAAAACAAGUCUAUCAUCACUCUCUUUUCAAAUCCUUCAAACCCUUUCUUCCAAACCCCCAUCUCUCCGAAACCCUAACUUUUUCCGCCUGAAACCCUUCUCUUCUUUCAAUUCCUCGAUUUCAGCCUCUGUUGAGGACACAGGCUCGCGAACUGAGAAACCUCGAAUUUCAUAUGGCGAGAUACAUGUCAUCGUCAGCCCAAUGUUUGCUGGUAAAACCACCGCGCUCCUUCGCCGGAUCAAGACUGAAAGUAAUAAUGGCAGGAGUGUAGCAAUAAUAAAAUCGAACAAGGAUACAAGAUAUGGAUUAGAGUAUAAUGUAACACAUGAUGGAGCUAAAUUUCCAUGUUGGGCUCUGUCUGAAUUAUCAUCUUUCAGGCAAAAGUUUGGAGUCGAUGCUUAUGACAAGCUAGAUGUGAUAGGGAUUGAUGAAGCUCAAUUUUUUGGAGAUCGAUAUGAUUUCUGUUGUAAGGCAGCUGAUCACGAUGGGAAGACUGUAAUUGUUGCAGGCCUUGAUGGAGACUACUUGAGAAGGAGAUUUGGUUCACUGCUUGACAUUAUACCAUUAGCUGAUUCUGUAACCAAGUUGGCUGCUCGAUGUGAGCUAUGUGGCAAGUGUGCUUUCUUCACCUUGAGGAAGACAAAUGACACACAGACAGAACUGAUUGGCGGGGCUGAUGUUUACAUGCCAGUUUGCCGGCAACACUAUGUCAAUGGACAAGUAGUUAUUGAAGCUACCAGGAUUGUUCUGGAAUCUCAAGAGAUUCAAUGUGAUUCAUACCUUAAGGAAGCAUCUCCCCUCCCAAGUUGAUAUGGUCUUUCUACUUUGCAGUCUAAUUUAUGGUGUUAGGUUUUGUCACAUUUGGCCCCUCACCAGUCUGUACUCUUUACAGACUUGUACUUUUGAAUCUUAUCCCUCCUGCUUGGGUGAAACUCUGUAUUUUAGGCUUUCAAUUUGUCAAACUCUGUAGUGAUUUAGGUGGCCCCCUUUUUUUCUUUCAAGCAGGAAAGCAGCACACCUAGCAGUGGAAGAUGCCCCUAUGUAAUCUUUGCUCAAACCAAGUUAUUGUAAUAUGAAAACUGAAAUCAACAUUAACAUUGAUUAUCUAAUCUUAAAAUAUUAUAGAAAAAAAAAAAA